AUGUCAUCCUCCCAGUCACCGAGUCGUUCUCUCGCCGAAGAAGAUUACUAUACAGCUGAAGAAGAUCACCUCUCCUAUGCACAAAGAUCCAGUGGGGCUUCAUCAACUGUAAUAACAACCCCAAACGGAAGUUCAGACAGCGUAUACGCCACUGCCAACCAGACACCGAUUGCUAGUCCAGACAUGAGCAGAGGCACAGCUUCGUCGAUCCCUAUUGCUGCUCAGUAUCCGGGCUCACCAACAGCAAAAGCACUAGACAAGUCCUCACGUCUCUGGCCUCCGAAAGCUGCACCUCAGGUGAAUAACGGUCAACCUACAAGUCUAGCAGAUACUUUCCAGAGCAACUAUCUUGAACACCGAGAAGCUAGUGACUUUUCCUACAACUAUCGACCUGCACCUAUCGAUCCUAGCCCACAACAAACUUUUCUUUCAAGUCCACUUCCUUUCAACAACAACACCUGCCCUCUGAUAUCGAACCACAUUACAGACACACACCAAGAGCUACCAAACAUCGAAGAAAGCGAGAUGCCGUACGAGUAUCCCUCUGGGAAGUUCAUCAUGAAUCCUGAAGCGCAUGUUUUCGUACCACGUCACGGACGUAGGCCAGCAAUGAGGGCACGUAACCCACACGACUGUGUGUACUAUGGUGCUCCGCAGCCAAAGCCAGGCCAAGUGGCCGCAGCAGCGCCCACCAACACGCCAAACGUGGCCGCCCCAUUUCCAAGAGUCCAGCUCUAUGGCAGCGGACACGGCAUGUUCUUCGACCCCAACACCGGCACGUUCACCGGCGACGGCGCCCCCCGCAAGUCUCCUUACCGCGCAGACGGCACCUUGCCAUCCAAGCCCGACCUGCAAAACGACUCCAUCACCAACCAACAGUACCCGGAGCCAGCCGAAAACAUGCUCCACAUCCAAACCAAGCGCGAAGUCACCGAGCGCAUGGCCGACUUUGGAAGGAACGGCCCGAUUCAGAAGUUCCGUGUGAAGCGUCCGAUGCCCCAGGAGUACCAGCAGGGGACGCGUGUGAUGGUGGAGAAGGAGGGGCAGGGGAGGGAGAUUCUCGGUCGUCGUGCGCCUACUGCGGAGGAAAUGGAGGGAAAGGAGAGUGGGCCCAGCCGUCCUGUGUACAUCACGGAUGAAAUGGAGGCGAAUCUCAAGCGUUUGAUGGGUAUCACGGGGGAAGAGGAAGAGAAGGAGGGGUUGAAAGAAAAGGACAUCGGGGCUGAGGAGGGAGAGGAGGGGGAGGAGAAAGAGAAGUUCGAGGGGACCGGAGUGCAGGAUUCCGCGGUCCACAAGGGGAAGGGAAGGUAUGCUGGCCCCUUCUAG